AUGUUUGAGACCCGCUCUCGGCAAGGUAUUGACGCGCAGAGUUCGACCCUGAAUCCUGUGCAUGGGAUGAAGAACUCGGCGGACCAAUGCCAACCUUGGAAUACGGUGCAGGAUUCCGUUACUCUCAAUCCGCUCCGUGGACACGUCAGUCAAAGGAACGAUUGCUGCACAUACAAUCACGUCGUUCUUACCUAUUCUCCUGCUGCGUAG